AUGUGUGACGUAAGUGAUUAUGCUGUGGGGGCCGUCCUUGGUCAACGAAGGGAAGGGAAGCCCUUUGUUGUGUAUUAUGCGAGUAGAACUCUAAAUAGUGCUCAAAUGAAUUACUCCACCAUUGAGAAAGAGUUGCUCGCUGUGGUCUUUGCACUUGACAUGUUCCAUGCAUAUCUGAUCGGUUCACCCAUCACCGUCUUUACAGAUCAUGUCGCCCUCAAGUAUCUCCUUUCCAAGAAGGAUGCUAAGGUGCGAUUAAUUAGGUGGAUCCUUCUAUUGCAGGAAUUUGACUUGACCAUCAAGGACAAGAAAGGUGUUGAGAAUGUCGUUACCGACCAUCUGUCUCGACUCGAGUUCAAUGAUCUCGCCGAUGGCCCUGCCAUCCGCGAUAACUUCCCCGAUGAAAAUCUUUUCCCCGUCACUAAGCUGCCUUGGUACGCUCAUAUCGUAAACUACUUGGUGACGGGCGAACUUCCUUCUGAUUGGAAUGCACAAGAUAAACACAAGUUCUUGGUCGAAGUGCAAAACUUCUAUUGGGAUGAUCCAUAUCUUUUCAAGUACUGUCCCGACCAAAUCAUGAGACAAUGCAUUCCUGAUGAUGAGAUUACUAAUGUUCUGAACUUCUACCAUAACGAUGCAUGUGAAUUAGGUGCUUUGUCCCGCCACCAUAUGAUGCCUUCGAACCCGAUUCUCGUGAUAGAAAUAUUCGAUUAUUGGGGGAUCGACUUUAUGGGACCAUUUUCGCCUUCUUCUGGGUACCUUUACAUCCUCCUCGCUGUGGAUUAUGUUUCUAAAUGGGUUAAAGCCGUGCCGUGUCGAACCAAUGAUAAUGCAACAGUUGUUAAGUUCUUGAAGGAAAAUGUGUUAUCUAGGUUUGGCACUCCACGUGCUAUCAUCAGUGAUCAAGGCACUCAUUUCUAUAACCGUUCAUUUGAGGCUCUUAUGCGCAAGUACGGUGUGCUUCACAAGGUUGCUACUGCCUAUCAUCCACAAAUGAAUGGCUAA